UUGCUUGCCAAUACUAAGUAAUUAGUUUUUAAUACAAGAAACCAUAAUCGUAAUUAAAAAUGAUCAUAAGAAUUCAGUCUUCUGAUGGUACAAAACGAAUAGAAGUCUCGAGUAGUGACACAGUUGCCUCUCUACUGCAACAAGUGGAGAAAUCCUUUGCGCUUAAGGGUGAUGGGUGGGGGGUGUUUAAAUCAAGAAAUUACCAAGAUGAAGUUAAAAAGUCAAAAAGCAAACUUAGAACUGCUGGACUGAACCACGGAGAUAUGUUGUUUUUGAAAUCACAGUCCAGUGUUUCAAAAAUAAGUGAAGAACGACCGUCAUCUGCUGUGGAAGCAGUGGAAGUGGUGGAGGAUGCAAUUGAUGUUGAAUUGUGGAAGAAUGAUGGGAGGAUAAGAAGAGAUGACGGAUCGAAAGGGAUGUUUAAGAUUGAGAAUCUUUCAAUUGAACCCUGGGAUGAGGUAUAUCUUAAGGAAAAAGAGAUAAAAUUCUUGUCAUUUCAUGCUUACAUGCGUCAACAAACUGCUGGGGUGGAUAAAGGAAAGUAUUUUCACCUUGAAAACUUUAAAGCAGCGAGAAAAUUGGAUUCGAACAGCAAGAAGCAUUCCGUGGUUGAUCUACCAUCUGCGGUCACUUUAAAUAGACAAAAGUUUCGGCAUGUAGAUAACAUUAUGUUUGAAAAUCGUGAAAUUGUUGAUCGUUUCUUGAAUUACUGGAGAAAAUCCGGCAAUCAAAGGAUGGGGUAUUUGUAUGGACGUUACAGCCCGCAUUCUGAGGUGCCACUUGGUAUAAAAGCAGAAGUUUGUGCAAUAUAUGAACCUCCUCAAGAAAGCACGAAAAACUGGCUGCAAUUUCAUCCAGACCCCAAUGAAGAAGCAGUUGAAUAUAUCGCUAAAAAGUUGAAUUUACGAAAAGUAGGUUGGAUCCUUUCAGAUUUAACGGUAGAAGACCGUUCGAAAGGGACAGUUAAAAACACUAGGCACUCUGACACUCACUUCCUGACUGCUGAAGAGUGUAUUACUGCUGCUACAUUCCAAAAUAACUAUCCCAACCCAUGCAAACUCGCAUCUGAUGGAAAGUAUGGGUCAAAAUUUGCUACUGUUAUUGUGUCGGGAGAUAACGACUGCCAAAUCAGUUUUGAAGGCUACCAGGUAUCAAAUCAAGGGAUGUCCCUUGUUGCCGACGAAUGCUUGUUACCUACACUAGACGCACCAGAGCUUGGUUAUAUAAGGGAAAGCUCGCCUGAAUUAUUUGUUUCUGAUGUGUAUUACAAAGAAAAAGACAAGUAUGGUAAUGAAAUCACUAAACUGGCACGGCCCCUACCAUUGGAGUAUUUGCUUACUGAUGUUCCUACAGCAUUCUCUCUGAACUCUCAGUACUCAUGCAGUAACGCUGUAGCUGGCUUUCCAGUUCCUUACAGAGACACUAUUGGUGAAGUACAAUCUUUGUCGUCACUUUCAAAAUAUUUAAACCAGUUUAAACCGGAUCAGUUUGUGGAUGCUGUGUCUGAUUUUAACCUUCUGGUGUACCUAUACAGCAAUGAUACAAUCUCAUUUAAGAAUGAAAUGGAUGUGCUGUUAGAUGCAGUCCGCACUCAUGACAAUGGCCUUGCAAGUCACUGGAAAGAAUGUGCCAGCUGGUCGACACUGGAGGAGCUAAUGAGACACUCAAAUAGUCCAAUGGACACAGCCUCGUCAUCUCACCACUCGAUGGACCCAGAGAUGCGCGAAGCAAUUGAAAGAAGUUUACAAAUGCAAUAAGAAAUGUAAUUCCACUGUUUACCAAGCAAUACUUUAAUGGUGAAAAUGUACAUCCAUUUUUUCACAUUUAUCAAUUAAACCUUAGAAAAUAAGUUUAUUGGAACACCAUUAUUAAAAAAACAAUGUAUUUUUAAAUAUCACAAUAUUUAUUUUGUUCUCCAAUGAAUACUAGUCAUAUUUUUCCCUUGUUGGUAUGCUAGUAAAUAGCACAGGUGUGUAAUUAUAGUUUAUUUUCCAUAAAUGUGUUGGACAAUGCAUUAUAUUUCCCAAUUUGCUGUUUCACUUUCAGUUCUCACUUUAAAAGUUCAAUAAAUAAUUCAAAUUCUGUA